ACGUCCACUCUGCGGAUGCCCAUUGGGCUGCGCCGGGCACGUUUGCCUCUGCAUUUCCUGUUGGCAGCAGAGAGUCGGCGGGGGGGAAGGAAGCCGCAGUCGCAGCCGGAGUCGGAGCGGGAGGGAGCCAGCUGCGAGCUCCCUGCCCGCCGCUUCCUCCAGCCAGCUCCCCGCGCACGGGGAAGCCGGACCGGGGGCGCGGCCCUCUCCCCACGCGCCCGGACCUCCGUCCCUCCCUCCCCCGGCAAGUGCACCGACGGGCUAGGGGAGGGAGGGGACGGCGGGGUCGGAGCCACUGCCCUUCGCUGCGCUUCCUCCCCCUGCCCUUUGCUGCCCCGCGCUGCCCUGUGCCCUGCCCCGUCCCCGCCGCUCGGCUCCCGGCCGCGCCUCGCCCCCUGCGCCGUCCCGGCGGCACGGAGAAGGAUGCUUGGUGCGUUCCUGGUGGCUUGGCUCCUGGGUGGUCUCUGCAGCCCCGAGCCGGCUGUGGGGGUCCCCGGGCCGCCAUGCCAAGCUCCGCAGCAGUGGGAAGGACGGCAGGUGCGCUACGAGCACAGCAGCGGCCGCAACACCCGGGCCCUGCUCUCCUACGAUGGCCUCCAGAAGCGCGUCCGCCUCCUGGAGGAGAAGAAGGCUCUCAUCCCCUGCAAGAGGUUCUUUGAAUAUAUUUUCCUCUAUCAAGAUGCAGUGAUGUUUCAGAUUGACCAGGCCACCAAGCUGUGCUCUAAGAUUGCUUUGACUGACCAAUGGGAUCCUCUGGAUAUCCCCCCAAACUCAACUUAUGAAGACCAGUAUUACAUCGGGGGCCCUCAGGACCAGAUCAUGGUACAGGAAUGGUCAGACAGGAAGCCAGCCCGGAAAUUUGAAACAUGGGUUGGCAUCUAUACUGUCAAGGAUUGUUACCCGGUCCAGGAAACCUACACCAGGAAUUACAGCGUCACGUUCUCUACUCGGUUCUUUGAUAUCCAGCUUGGCAUUCACGACCCCUCUGUUUUCACUCCACCGAGCACUUGCGAGAGAGCCCAGACAAGGAUGAUGAGCGAUGCCUGCUGACUGCUGCUCACAGGCUGAAAAAUCACAGUAACUACUGACCUAUUGAGAAAACUACUCAUAUACGUUGAAUUGAUUGUGGCUCUUUAGGCUAGCCGAGCUUCGUGAGAUAGCAAACCUUACUGUUGCUUGUAUAAAUGCCAUCAGGUAAAUGGUGCCCGCUGCUGCUUUGUUUUUCCUAUUUAAGACUCCAACUGUGUUUCCACAGGUAAAAUGAAAUAAAAGGGGAGUAAUUAUGCAGGUAUGCAUGAUCAGAAAAAAAAAAAACAUUCUGGCUAAUUUCAGUUACAAACCAUCUGGUUUUGGCUGGAAUUACCUAGAUCAUUCAGCUAAUUUUCAUUUUUUUUUUUCCUGGUCAGACCUGGUUUAGUUGGUGUGCUUACUGGCUGUUCCUAGAAGUUUCCAAAUAACAUCUUCUAAAAUAGAAAACAUGUUUGAUCUUGUGAUGACUAUUCUGUUAAAAUGUGCUUGAUUUUUCAGACUAAAGAGAGAGAGAAAAGCCAGUUAUCUUGACUCACACGAGAGAUCGCUAGCCUGUCUUGUAUACAAAUCGAUGGUAAUGGGUUUGCCCAAGAGUUCUGUUGAAUAGCUAAAUGGGAAAUGGAACAUGGCAUGUCCCAAACAUCUCAUUUCAUAAUCAUCAAAUCCAUUAAAUACAUUACAUGCUCAUUGUGCUUUUAUAUUUUCUUGUCAUUCAGGAAGUCGCCGAUCUAUUGUUUCCUUUUGCUCUCCCCUCUUCCCACACUUGUUUCCUGUUCACAGUUCACUCAUUCAUUUGACAAACAUUUAUUAAUCACCUUCUCUGUGCCAUGCACUGUGCUAGGUGCUAAGGCUACAAAAAGAUGAGAACGAGAUUGUCUUUGUUCUGAAAGGGCUGAUAUUCUCUUGGAGGGAUAGGGAAGGGGAAAAUCUGGACACAGAGCUGUUCCAUAAAACUAAGAUAGACUGAGAUUGCCUAUUGGAGUGUAUAUGAGGUCCUACCCAAAGAGGGCAAAGAGAAUAGAUGACCCCCCACGAGUCUAUACAACUUUGAGGUUAUUGUUUUCCAGGAUGAACAGACUGGUGUUAUGUCUUUAGCAGGAAACAAAGAUUCAGGUCCCGACGAAAGGAUUCUUGUGUUAGCAUUCUUUAAUGAGACAUUUCAAUCCAUAGACUAGAAAACUCUGUAGCUAGUAAACACAUCACUCAUUGCUUUGUAUAUUUCCCAUAAAAGAGAAUUAGCCAGUGCCCACAGCUAAUAAUGCAUCGCUUUGUGUGUUUCCUAUAAAAGAGAAUUAACCAGUGCCCACAGCUAAUGAUGCCCUAAUUGCCCAGGUAAUGUAGCUUGUACAGAGCAUGUACAAAUAUUCCCUACCUGUUUCAGAGUGACUGCGAGGGAAUUUUGGGACUGGUGUGUUGCCCCAUAUGAUUUGGGGUGUGUGUGUAAAGGGCUUGAAAUUUGAGAUGACAAAGGGCUCUAAUGGGUUGCUCAGACGGAGGAACUGCUGGCACAGUGGAUAUACAAAAGGGAUCCCCCUCUCUGUCUCUUCCUUUUUUGGUGGAGACUCAGCAGGAGUGACUAUGACGUGAUUAUUGAGGGUUCAAUGUAAUGGUGACCCUGCUGCCAUUCCUUACAUGGUUAGACAGUGGCAGGUGAGGAAUAUCCGUACAUGUUCUGUAUAACUCAUGUUCCUUUAGAUACCAGUGGCAACCUGAGUGCUCAGGAGGGCUUAUAUUUCAAAACAAGUAUGCUUUUGGGAAACUUCUCUCUGAUAACUUUGCUAUGUCUUGUGUUUUGCCUUUACUCCUCGAAUGGUGUCUGUCUUUCUGUCUCUUUCUUCCUGUGCAUAUCCGAAUUUUGUAUAUUCCUGGCUUUCCCCUAGUGGUACUGAGUAAGCUCACAUGUGGGCAACCAAAGCUACUAAGAAGCAUUUUGGAUAGAAAAUGUCCUUCUGGCAAGCAGAAAAGGACAUAAAAGGAAGUCCCCUCUGCAUCUAGUAGCCAGGUAAUAAGGCCACUCUCCUUCCUUCCUAAAGGGGUCAGCCGAACCCACACGUAAACUCAUAACACUAAUUAGGGAAAGUCUCAAUCGUGUGAAUGGAACUGUAGAACUUCAAUGAAGACGUCCCAUCUCUUGUCCGGAUUCCCACGCAGCUUCCGUUUGCUUGCUCCGGCUUCUGUCUGCUAAUUCUGCAUCUGUCUCAGCUUUAGUCCUGCUCCUGAUGCUACUGCUAUAGUCGGUGCUGCCGCCGCCGCUACUGCUGCCGCUUCUGCUGCCGCCUCUGCCGCCGCUACUACUGCAGCUACUGCUACUAUUGCUGCCGCCGCUACUGCCGCUCCUGCCGCCGUUGCUGCCGCCGCUACUGCUUCUGCCGUCGCCACUGCUUCUGCUACCGCCACAGCUUCUGCCUCCGCCACAGCUUCUGCCUCCGCCACUGCUUCUGCCUCCGCCACUGCUUCUGCUGCCGCUACAGCUUCUGCCGCCGCUACAGCUUCUGCUAGCUACCAUAAGCUUGGAUGCUGCUGCUGCUUCUCUCUGCACCUCCUUUCUUCUGGUACUCGGCAAUCUGCUCUUUUCUAAUCAGCACUUCCACCUUGAGCCCAUGGCAACAUGGGAAAGUGAGUGUUUUCUCAGUCCUCUCCUCUGUUUCAUGUGUCUGUUAAAUUGUAUCCCCGUUAAAAACUUUACAAUCCCCGCGUUUUAUCUGGUGCAUAAAAACGUUUAUAUGCUCCAGACAGUUAUUCUACAAUCUGUUUUAUUACACAUAGUAAAAGAGAUUCCCAGGUUACAUGAGGAUACAUGCGGACCAACAUCCCAUGGUAAAGAUUCAGACUCUCAACAAAAUACAGAGAUCAAGGGUAGGUAUAUACAACAUGACAUCGUCUCUUAGAGUUGUAUACGAUAGAUCAAUCAUAUAGGCUGCAAAGCAACUGCAUAGCUUACAUAAAUGACUGCCAUUUCCCAUGUCUCCAGGAGUACUCUGGUCAUCGCCAUGUUUAAUUCCUUUGUAUAUCCAAUGUAAUGGGAGAGGAACACAGAUAAACUCACAACACUGGUGUUGAAACUUUGGGUCCCAGAAUGCUUUGCUUAAUUAGCUCCCCCUUCAGUCUCAAAGCCAUCAGGGCUAGAGAGUACUGACUGACUUCUCUUGGCCAGAUGCCAACUGAAGUCUUUUGUCAGAAUUGUUGAAAACAUCCUCAAGGCCCUGAUGGAUUCUUGGGUUGUGACUAGCCCAGCCCUGCUCCCUUUGCUUCCUUUCUCUCUAUGCAGCUGCUCUUUCUCCUGCUUCUGUUUCUAUCGCUGCCUGCUUAAGCCUUUCAUGCAAAAGUCAUAAAGCUUUUUUAACCUUUCAUUGUUAGAAUUUGUGUUGGGCAAUAUCUCCAUGCUGCAGUCUCACACACAGCCUUCUGGGAAAUAUAAUCCAAUGAUUGAAGCUCCCAAGCAUUGUGGGACCUGCAGUCUACAAAUAUAUUCUGUACAGUUAAAGAAAAAAACAAAUCUGUAGUGCCUGCCAGUCACGUGCAAAACUUCUUACACACCUCAUUGAUGUGCAUCAGUUAGUAUAUAGUGUUUUUCUGGAGAUCAUCUGAAAUGUAUAUAGGCUUACCAUAUAUGGCACCUACAUUAGUCUCCUACCAUACACCAGGCACACAGAGAAAUUGCUAUUGUACGUGUUACAAAGGGUCACGGCGUACCCAAAUAUGUAGCUAUACUAUUACACGCGCUUCAUCGCUGGAUGUUAGCUUUCUUCUUUCUCCUGUAGCAUCCUAAGUCAUACUAAACCCCGACCUUAGAGUCUUGAUUCUACUCUGGGGACCUGCUUCCUUUAAAAAAAUCUUUUCUAUUAUAAUCUUUAUACAUACCAAGUAGAACAGAGAAAGAGAAUUGUACAUGAAACUGUGAAUCUCUUAAGAAAAGCUUACUUUUCCUCUUAAGAGAGUGUGUGUGUGUGUGUGUGUGUGUGUGUGUGUUUGUGUGUGUGUGUGUCCAAGCACAUGCUGCCAUCUAAUCAGCACCCUUAUUCUAAGACGUCCUACUGUCUCAGUUUUGACCUCCUGGAUGAUUUAGGCUGUAGAGCCCAAUACAUAACUUCUUGAGGCCUCCUCCGGGGGAAAAUUGGGCAGGAAAAGGGCAGCCCCAGGAUUCAGGCCUUCCUCCUUGGCUAGGCAGAGUUUCCCCUUGAUCUUGGUAAGCUUUGAUUUUGGGAGGCUUCCCAAACUCUCAAGAGGUUACUACCAUGCAGUUUCUUUUUAAAUUGGCCCCAAGGGUUCUCUCCCUAUGUGUUAUCAUCUGGCUUUGAGUGUUGAUCUGCAACUGCUGGAUAGGCCUGUCUCAAAGGUCCUUGGUAGUCCCUGCAUUGUUCUUGUCCUCCAGAUAAUCAGGCUGGCUCCCAUGUGAGCAAUGGUAAUUGUGGUGUAUCAUUAUUACAAGGUUCUCUCUGUGCUAUGGAACUAUUUUGUUGAGAGUAUAUUUACUAGCAUUUGGAAAGGGUGGCUCUUGGCCAGUCUACUUCUUACUAUCUUAUAUUUUCUCUGGACAGCAAGAUUCCUUAGCAGGAUGCUAGCUUCUUCCCAGAUUUACUGAGAUUGAACUCGUGUCAGAUUCUUACUUGUUCCCCUUUGAGAAUUUCUCAGCUAAGGCCAUUGCUAUGCAUUUGCCUCAGUUAACUGAUCCACCUCCUUAAUGGACUUAUUUUCAAAGACUUGACUUUUCAGAAAGGAUCCUGGCAGGGAAACUAUACCCCGAGAAUACUUUCCUACACCACGUUGGGAAAUGGAGAAGAUUUCUGGUUUCAGUGUACAGGGACUAAGAUGAUCUGCCACCAGAAUGUUGUUCUUGUUCUACCUACCUCUUUUCAAAGAUAAAAUGUCUAUACGCACAAGCUCCAAAGACUGGCUAGUUCUUAGAUUUUCCAGAUAAGCAGUAAAAGAAAGAUUCAUUCAUGAACACAUAGAGCACAUUUUAAAAAAUACACCCUACACGCAUCUCCCUCCAUUCUUGGGCCAAUAGAAUCAAAUUUGUACCAACCCCAAAGUUCUCUUUUGGUCCACGUGUCCAAAACCAUUAUCGAGAGUUUUCAUAGCCACAGUUAGCAACAACUGCUUUCUUUGUGGUGAUGGAUCGCUAAUUGUUGACUACAGUGCUCUAUUUUUUAAUUCCAACUUAUGCCACUCUCUCAAUACUAGAUUGUCUUUUGGGGUUUGUAAUUUGAGUCCCUGGGGUCCAAACUCUUCAUUUUUUAUUUUUAGAACUUCUUUACAAAAAAAGAAGUUGAAGAAAGAGAAGGAAUAUGAUCGAUUAACAUUAGGAACUAGUGGUCAGCUCUUAUUUCCUGUCCUUUCUUCUCCUCAACUAGACUAUUACUGAUUUUUAUGAUUUACUUUCAAUUCCCCAUUUAUGAAUAACAUUAAAAAGCUGAAAUAUGUUUUUCAUUUCCAUCUUUAUCUGCCCUCUUCAUGUUCCUUCUACAUCCCUUUUUCCCACUGUUUUUAUUGCUUUGUGCUCUAAAUUUUCUAUUUGUAUGCAAGGAUGUAUAUACCCUUCUUCUUUAAUGAGAAAAGGUAAAUUUCUGUUCAUUUUUUCCUGAAUUAUUCCUUUCCCCCUUCUUUUAUUUUUUGAUUUAAAACAAACAAAAGAAUGAAACCACUUCAAACGUUGUCUGUCUUUCUUAACUCCUGUAACAUUUAAAAAUGUUGUGUUUCUAAAAGGAUACGAUUCUUCUCCCCCCUAUUAGAAUAUAAGCACUUCAGCAGCAUUUAGUACCUUCCAAUUACUUGAAUGUUUUUAUCUUUCUAGGCUCCUCUAGGCUGUUGUGUUUAUGUUCCAGGCUUCUACUUAUCUUUUUUUUUCCCCAUUAAAAGGUCCAUUUCCCUUCCCCUUUAGGAUUAUAUUGCCUUGCAAAAUAAAUUAUUCUUGGUUGCAAGCCUUUAUCUUUUGCCUUUAGAAUAUCAUAUUUCAAAAUCUUCUCUCCUUUAUAAAAAAUUAUGCCAUAGUCUUGUAUGACCCUGACUAUGAUUCUUUGAUACUUGAACUCUUUCUUUUAGUUUCAGGCAGUAGUUUUUUCACUGACCUGUAUGUUCUGGAUUUUGGUUAUGCCAUUCUGCCUGUUUUUAAUUGAGGGUUUCUUUCAUGACUGGUGGAUCUUUAAAUUGUUACUUUCCCCGAAGGAUCUAAUAGAUCUAGGCAGUUUUGUGAUUUCUUGAAAUAUGAUACCUAGGAUUUUUGUUUGGACAUAGUUUUCAGUGAAUCCAAUGGUUCUUAAUUUAUUCUGGACUUAUUUUUAGUUGCCUUCUAAGGUAGAUGCUUUAUAUUUUCUUCUGCUUUUAAAAUCUUUUCACUUUAUUUUGAUAUUUCUUGUUGUUUUCUGAAGUCAUUGUGUUUUGUUUGCUCCAUUCUGUUCACUACCUGGAUAAAGUUUUGUAUCUUCUGCUGUAGCUCUGAUAGGCAGCAUCUAACUUAGUACUUGAAUCCAUCUGUUCAAACACUGAAAUCUACACACUCUUGUAGCUUCUCUCUUCAAAGCCAAGAGCUCCAAUUUUUGGAUAUGGUAAUAUAAGCCUUGCUAUCUAGGAAUCCCUGAUUGGAAAAUGCAAUAGGAUUCUAGUGACUUUCACUCUGCUAGUGUAUAAUUAAUAACUGAUAUCAGCGUGAAUCACAAAGAUUUUGCUUGAAUCUGCAAAAGCCAACACUGGCAGUGCAUUCAUGAGGCAGCUGAUAAUGUCCUUGAAAUUCUUUUGGUAUUUUUCAUCUGUCCCAAUGAUAUCCCAAUAGUGUUUAAGGGUUUAGGAUUAUUCCCUCCUCACCUCCCUCAACUGCUUUUGUCUGUGGAAAUCCCAGGGAACUACGGUAUUUCCCCUUCAAUUUCAGCAUAUAAAUUAAAUCCAUUAAACAUCUGUUUAUUAUCUACUUUGUGCUAGGCAAAGAAGGUACAAAGAAAAAAAAUGAAACAAACACAUUAAGGGCAGCUAGGUGGAGACAGAGAAUUGACUCUGGUGUCUCGGGGACCUGAGUUCAAAUCAGAUCUCAGACUUGUACUAACUGUUUGAACCUGGGCAAAUCAUUUCACCCCAAUAGCCUGAAAAUAAAAACAAAUGAACAAAACCCCCAAACACCUUAGAACUAUAGAGCUCUGUCUCCUUGGUGAUGAUGGGUGAACACUUCUUGCUGCAAUUCUCACAGUUAUCAUUUGAAUUUAAGAGUUUAAGGCACCCUUAGUCCGACCCUCCACCCUCGCCCUUAUUUCCAUUUCCUCUUUUGCCUGUGUUUCUGAUGCCUCAGUCAGUCUCAGAAGAGAUUGUGAUGUCCCAGGCUACAGAGCCUCUGUAUUCACUCCAAGUCUGAGUUAAGUGAUACCAUCACACUGCAGGAUCACACACAGCUUUCUGGGAGAUAUAAUGUAGGUAUUUCUUCUUAUAAGCAAUAUUCUUUUGCUUCUAAUCUCUGGGAGAAAUUAAGCUCAUGAUAAUGACAUUUCCAUCUUCAAGACCUUCUCCCUACUUCCCACUUUGUAAAAAAAAAUUGUAGCUCCUCAAAAUCACAAGUUUGUUGUUAAGGAUUUUUAGCCUCUGCCCCAAGCCAUCCAAUUCUCCUUGGUUUUUCAUCAAGAACUUUAAUUUCACUCCUUAGUUUUCUUUUCCUUUAUUUUGUUAAGUCAUUCAACUCUCUCUUAGAUUCUCAUGGUCAUUCCAUGCUUUUUGAGGAAGGGAUGCAGAGGGGAGUACAGAGGGAAUUCUGGUUGUAGUUA